UCUGCAACUUUCCCGUCGCUCUCUCCCGCCCUCCCUCCCUGGCGCCCUCCCUCCCUGCCUGCGCUAUCUCGCCGAACUCAGGGAUCGUUUGUGGCCCCCAGGUGGGAUGCCGCAGCCGCAGUUUCCGCGGGACGGGGCGUUGUGGUCCAUUUCUCGCGCCGCUUACCCCGCCAGAAACGUCACGGAGUCAGCCGCUGCAGGAGUGUUGGUUGGUCGCCGUCCGGGUCAACACCUCCCUCCUUCAGUCUUCCCCCGCCGCGGAGUGAAAGAUCGCCAGUCGUGCUCAGGCAGUGAAAGUGGGAGGAUGUGCGCCGCGGCUCUCUGUACCUGACGACGAGCCUUCACUCCUGAGCCUGCCUACCUGCCUGUCUUGCGUUCUGUACGGGUCGCGGCGCAUCAGUUCGGCAGACAGGAUGGUCGUAGUGGUGUGUUGCCGCGCCUCGUGACCCAGUACUGGCCAGCGCCACCCACACCAGGCACUGGGACUGACUGGGACCUCCCAUACUCGCUGUGACACCCUCCCUCCGUUUCUCCCUCCCUCCCUAACUGUCUCUCUUCCCACCUUCUCUCUCAUAACACCUUUUUUUUGUGUGUGUCUUAUAUUUUGUCAUCCCAUACUUACUGUGACACUCCCUCUCCCUCUCUCCGUCUCUCCCUCCCUCCCUCCCAGUCUCCCAGUCUCCUCCCUCCUAUCUCCCAUAGCAUCUCUUUUUGUGUCUUAUAUCUGACCUGCUUACUCGCAAGUGUUCCACAUGAAGAGACCUAGAACACGUUAGCACGACCAUACCUCCUGUGUGUGCGUGUGUGUGCGUGUGUCAGUGCGUGGCCCUCGUCUGGCCCUACAGUGCCUCAUGGUGCCGCCAGCCCAUGCCGCCCCUCGCGCCGCCCAAAACUCGGUGCUGAUGGCGUGGUGGCUGCUGGCGGUGAUGGUGCUGCUGCUAGUGCCGCCCCUCCCCCUCGUCUCCGCCUCCACGCUUCAUCCCCGCAGCCUCGGAUUUUACGGCUUACAGUCAGGGCAGCGGCGUCUGAAGAUCGAGCCCCGGGGAUGUGACGUCCUGGGCAUCGUGGAGGGCAAGGAGGUGCGGCGCGGCGUGUGCAUGUUCAACUUUGAGUGCUUCCAGCGAGGGGGCCGUGUUGUGGGGGCUUGUAUUGAUGGCUUCCUCUUUGGCGCCUGCUGCGUGAAGGAUGAUGAGGAGCUGGGAGAAGUCACUGAAGGAGGCUUAGUGACGGUGACAAAGACCCCAGGGAAUGUGAAAAAGGAGGAGCUAGGAGAAGGAAGCUUAGCAGUGACUAAAGCACCAGGAAACGUGAAGGACAAGGUAGUGAAUCCAGGGCCUGUGAGGACUAACCUGGAGGAGGAGAAAUUAACAGGUGUUGAAGGAAGCUUAGCAGUGAUGAAGGGACCAGAAAACGUGAGGGAAGAAGUAGUGAGUGCAGAACCUGAGAGGACUAACCUGGAAAAGGAGAAAGAGAAAGGAGAUCUCCCUCAAAGUGUCUCUGGCGGAAAACUACCAGAGGACACGGGGAAUGACUCAGGUGAUGUGGAGAAGGAAUCAGAAGGAGGAGGUAGUGAGAAAGACCAAUUGAACUGGCCUUUAGUGAGUAUGAUGAAUGUAUCCAGUGAAGCAGUGAGGGACGAGGGAGAGGACAGUGUUGUGUUGCCAGGAAUAGUGGAAGUGAAUGACGGGGAUAAGACAAGCUCCCUCCACACCACGACCCACAGAACCACCACUAAGGUUGCUAUGGAGUCGUCCACCUCUCCUACCUCCACUAAGGGCACGACUGCGAAUCAGGACACCACUCAGCAUACAAAAGUGACGGAGAAUGAAGAAGAUGAGGUCGCCACUGUGAUUCCUGAUUCUGAGGGUAUAACUGAGGCUGUCCCCUUCAUGACCCUUCCAGAUGACCACGAGGGCAUGUCCACACUAGUAUCUGAAGGGUUUGAUGUCACAGAUGUUUUGCUGGAUGAUGUAUCUGACAGCAGCCACAGCACUCAAGCCCAACGUAGCUCUUCCCACUUACCACCCACCACGCCUCUCUCCCAGCCCACUACACCUGUCCUCCCGCACUUAACCUCCCACCCAAUUACACCCAAACCUAUUGACAUUCUUGCAGAGACUAACUUCAAUCUGUCAGUCCUAACUACCACUCAGGCUCCCACCACCACCCCCACCACCACCCAGCCACGGUCCACCUUUGCCCCAAGACCUGCAAUGUUUCGGCCUAAGCCCCUCAGGACGACCACCAGCCCCAGGACACCACUGGACACAACACAGACGACCCUUGCUCUUACCACGCCAACGGUGAUUGACAAAAUGACUUCAGAUGGCUUCUCAAUGUCUACGCUGCCCACCACUACAGAAAACACCGCAGACGACCACUGGGCGACCCCGGAAACGACUGGGGAUGUUCCAGUGCAAACUUGGACACUUUCCCCACAACGACCUAUCAUGGAAAUCAGGCCACAGACACUCCCCACAACAACGACCCCUGAAAUGACCACUACUGAAGAAAAUGACGACUUCCUUCUCUUCUGGACACUCUCACCACAGCCUCCUAUCGCCAAUGCACGACCACAAACCACCACCGCCCCUGAUAAAGACGACCCAUUUGCCUUCUGGACGACAAAACCACCAGUGCAGUCUCAGCGACCCAACACACGCAUCCCCGAUGACCUGGAUCCGAUGCUGACCUGGACGACCACCUCUACAGCGCGACCUCAGGGGCUGGAUGACCAUGACCUGUACCUGGAGCCUGUGGUUGUGCCUGGGGAUGUCCUACAGCACAUAACUGGAGACCUGCUGGAACGACACCCGAACAGCACGACCACAGCAACAAGCGCACGACCCUGGGCCUCUUCCACGUACACCAUACACACUAUUCCUUACCCACUGCCUAGUGACAACAACAUAGUGCAGUCUGGGACACCACACUCUACCACCACCGUUACGACCAAGACUCCUACAGCUACUACAAGACGUUCUAAGCCACCUAAAAGACGAAAAUCUACAACUACAACCUCCACCACGACCCCAGCACACCCUUUCCCAUCCCUGGCCACUACCACACGCCCCCCACCCACCACGGACGCCCCGAUCUCCCCAAUAGACCAGUUUAUCGUGGACUUCAUCAACUCCUCGCCUCCUGAAGAAGAAUUUACCACCACCACCGUCACCCCAGAACCACCACCGCCGAUAGACCUUGAGCUCCUGACGCAGCUCUUCAACCUUACCAACAUCAUCCCCGGCGAGGAAGGGUUUGUACCUCCCCUCCCUCCACUGUUCCCUCCCACCACCACCACCACCACUACCACCACCACUCCCAGACCACGUCCCUCCACGACUACCACCAGAAGACGACCCAAACCUCGACCGACUGUUCCAAGUAUCCGACUGCCUCUUCUGACUACGACCAAACCGACCACCACCAGUACGACUACUACUACGACAACCAGUACUACAACUACUACUACGACUACUACUACCACUACUACGACUACUACACCGACGACGACGACUCCUGAGUGGAAUUAUAGAACGACGUGUGGGGUGCGGCCGCUGGCGAGAGAGGGGCGCAUCGUGAACGGGGAGCUGAGUGAAUAUGCAGAGUGGCCGUGGCAAGCCCUUGUGAAGGAGUCAACAUGGCUGGGUAUCUUCACCAAGAACAAGUGUGGCGGUGUGCUGCUUAACAGACGCUAUGUCCUCACUGCUGCCCACUGCCAGCCUGGAUUCCUGGCAUCGCUCAUUGUGGUGCUGGGAGAAUACGACCUCUCAGACGACUAUGAGCCAAAGCGAGUGGUGCAGCGGAAUGUGAAACGAGUGGUGGUGCAUCGUGGCUACGUGGCCAAGACCUUCGACAAUGACCUGGCGCUACUAGAGAUGGAGCGGCCAGUCACCUAUGACGAGCACAUAGUCCCCAUCUGCAUGCCCAAAGGAAAUGAGGACUUUGUGGGCCAGAUGGGUUACGUGACAGGCUGGGGUAGACUGUCAUAUGGAGGCCCAGUACCCGCCAAGCUGAAUGAGGUGGCCCUGCCUGUCAUAGAGAACCACGAAUGCCAGCAGUGGUUCAACGAGGCUGGCCACCCCAAGAAAAUCAAACCUGAAUUCUUUUGUGCUGGCUACAAAGAAGGGAGGAAAGAUUCAUGUGAGGGCGACAGUGGAGGUCCCUUGUCAAUACGGGGAGAUGACGGACGCUGGAUUCUUGCAGGCACAGUCUCCCAUGGGAUCAAGUGUGCCUACCCGAACCUCCCUGGAGUGUACAUGCGCAUGACAUACUAUAAACCUUGGAUACGCAGCAUAAUUAAUUGACCGCAGUCAUUUCCUAGGAUCUGAAAUGUAUGAUAGUGAGUUUAUCUUGUGUUACGUUGUUGUAUCUUGUAUAGUUGUAUGUAUUUUGUAGUGAUAGUGGUGGAGUAUGUAGAGAGAUUGAGGGAGGGUGUUGAUGUUGAUGUUGUUGUUGUUGUUGUUGUUGUUGUUGGUUGUAUUAUAGUGAACUUGUGUACUGUACAGUGAGCCCUGGUUUGCUCAGGUGUGUUUUUUUCAGGUGUGUGUGUGUGUGUGUGUGUGUGUGUGUGUGUGUGUGUGUGUAAGAGAAAAUUAUGAAGGAUAAUAAAGUAUUAUUAAGAAUAGAGGGAAUGAAGGUUGAUGAAGAAAGGGAAGAGAGAGUAUAAGGAAAAAAUGAAGGGCAUAUAAAAAAAGAUGAAAAUCAAAAAGGAAAAGAGGAAAAAGGAAAAAAAUAAACCGAGAAAAGAUGAAAGUAAGAAAAGAGAAAAGUAAAGGAAAAAGUGAGAGAAAAGGGGAAGAAAAGCCAAAAAAAUAAUACAGAAAACAAAUAAACGAGGAAAGAAUACUGCUUAAAGAAAGAAAACUACUGAAAGAGAGAGAGAGAGAGAGAGAGAGAGAGAGAGAGAGAGAGAGAGAGAGAGAGAGAGAGAGAGAGAAACAAAAUAUAUUCUAGAAAAAACAAUACUGAAAGAAAUAGAAAGAAAGAAAAAAGAGAAUCAAAACACCCCCUCUCUCUCUCUCUCUCUCUCUCUCUCUCUCUCUCUCUCUCUCUCUCUCUUCAAUAGCUCCUCUAGUGCAAAUCAAUGACAAGAACCCAAAGCAACACACAAGACAAGCAAAACUGACGUAACUGUGGCAAUUUUUAGACAUACACGGUAACAGAGAGAGAGAAAAGCAGACAGGACUGUGAUCAAUGCUGUGUAUGUGUGUGUGUGAGUGCGUGACGUCCCCCAUGUGAAGGAAACACAGCUUCCUGAACCCACAGACUCACGUGCCCCGAGUGAGUGAAGCCUCAUCCAUUGCUUCACUGGUUCGUUUGUGCGUUCGUUCGUUCGUUGAUUGAUUUAUUCAUGUUUCUUAGUAUAGUUGAAUUGUGGUUAGUGUGUGUGUGUGUGUGUGUGUGUGUGUGUGUGUGUGUAAGAGGCAAAUAAGGGGAGAUAGGAAGAGAAAUGUGAUUAAGAAUGUGUAGAGGAAAUUAAGGAAGGUAAGAAAAGAGAAAACGAGGAUGAAAAGGGAGAAGAGAGAAUAAGAAAUGAAAGGGAAGGAGAAAAAAAUAAGAAAACAAAGUAAGAAAGAGAAAAAUGACGAAUAAAAUGUGUGUGUGUGUGUGUGUGUGUGUCAGUCAUAGCAAAAUCAUAACUCUUGUUCUUUUCUAUUUUUUAUGCUUGUUUGCUUCCCCCGAGUGAAACGAGAGAGUAGGAAAACAAACGAGAAAAAUAGAUGAGGCUAUAAAUAAAAUAUGACAGACUCCCCUUGUGUGUGUGUGUGUGUGUGUGUAUGUGUGUGUGU